CCCCCAUCUCCUUUCAUUUUUCCCUCCUUCAUCUUUGGUCGUCAGUGUUUUCUUGACGAAUCUUGGACUUGUCCUCUUUCACAGUCCCUUUCGUUUCUUCAUUGACGAGUUGUUCUUUGGUUCCUCCCCAUCGAACAGCCCCGCCGUCUUCAUUUCGACACAUUCAAAUCAAAAAAGCCUCGAUACGGCAGAGUCGAUUCCUCCAUCGUCUCUGUUGCCUUCGCGAUCGAAAAGUCCCUACUCCGAGUAGAACCGACUCCGAUCGCCUCUUUCAUUCCGAUACUCCUAUAAUCCUUCCACGUCCUCGACAUCACCGACAACAUGUCUACCGAGUCCGUUAAGGUUCUGGACGAGCUCUUCCAGAAGCUCUCCGUCUCCAAGGAGGCCGCCGAGAUCAACGAGGCUGCCCAGGAGAUUGCCAGCUUCAUCAACGGCCGCAUCGAUGACCAGGCUGUCCCUGACAAGAUCAUCGAUGACCUCAAGAAGGGCCUCACCAACAAGAAGGACGCCGCUGCCCGUGACAGGGCUGCCGUCGCCGUCGAGACCAUUGCCCGCCAUGCUGAGCUUGGCGCCAAUGUCGAGCCUUACCUCGUCGUUCUUCUGCCUGACCUGCUGAUCGCCGCUGGCGCGAAGCCUCCUGCGAAGAAGGACAAGAAGAAGGGCGCCAAGGAGGGCAAUGCCGUCAAGGCUGCUCUGCCUUGCGUCAUGGCCACCAUCAAGGAGGACUUCGCCAAGCCCACCUCCAAGAUGGCUGCUCUGGACUUCAUCCUCACCCUGGUCAAGAAGGCUCCCGCUCAGCUCUCCUACCGUGUUCCCGACCUGAUUCCCGUCGUCUCUGAGGCCAUGUGGUCCACUGCCGGCGAGGUCUCUGCCCACGCCUACAAGGUCAUGGAGAACAUCUGCCAGCUCAUCGUCAACAAGGAUAUCGAGCGAUUCAUCCCCGAGCUCAUCAAGUGUAUCGCUCAGCCCGACAGGGUCCCCCAGACUGUCCACCUUCUCGGUGCCACCACCUUCGUCACCGAGGUCCAGGAGCCCACGCUCGCCCUCAUGGUUCCCCUGCUGAGCCGUGGUCUCAAGGAGAACGACACCGCCAUCAAGCGAAAGUCUGCUGUCAUUGUUGACAACAUGUGCAAGCUUGUCGACGACCCCAACAUCGUCGCUCCCUUCUUGGACAAGAUGAUUCCCGGUCUCAAGGAGAACUACGACACCCUCGCUGACCCCGAGGCUCGUGAGAAGACCAAGCAGGCCCUCGACACCCUUUGCCGUGUCGGCAACGUCGUUGACGGCAAGAUCCCGGAGGCCCGCAACGACGGCGAUGUCAAGAUCGUCCUUGCCAAGCUCAAGGAGAUCCUGACUCCCCGCUACGCUUCUCUCCUCGAGAAGAUGGAGCCUGUCGCUGAGUACAUUGCCGCCAUUGCCGGCCAGCUCAUUGACAUGAAGGAGACCGAUGCCCUUGUCUGGGUCGAGAGCCUGAAGCCCUACGUCGCUGUCAUCACCGGCAUCGACAACGCUGAGGCCACUGUCGACGCUCUGCGCAAGCGUGCUUCUCCCGGCGCUGCCGAGGAGGCCGAGGGCGAGGCUGAUGAUGAGGAGGGCGAGGAUCUCUGCAACUGCACCUUCUCUCUUGCCUACGGUGCCAAGAUCCUGCUCAACCAGACCCACCUCCGCCUCAAGCGCGGUCAGCGUUACGGUCUCUGCGGUCCCAACGGUUCCGGCAAGUCUACCCUCAUGCGUGCCAUCAACAACGAGCAGGUCGAGGGCUUCCCCAAGCAGAGCGAAGUCAAGACUGUCUUCGUUGAGCACGACCUUGACUCUGCCGACACUGAGAUGACCACCAUUGACUGGACCAUGAAGAAGCUGGCUGAGGCCAAGGUCAACGUCGCCAAGGAGGACGUCGAGAAGCGCCUCGUCGAGUUCGGCUUCACCGAGCAGAUGAUCAAGGGCGAGAUCUCCGCCCUGUCUGGUGGUUGGAAGAUGAAGCUCGCUCUGUGCCGUGCCGUCUUCGAGGAGCCCGAUAUCCUGCUUCUCGACGAGCCCACUAACCACUUGGACGUGAAGAACGUCAAGUGGCUCGAGGAUUACCUCAUCAACUCCCCCUGCACUUCCAUCAUCGUCUCUCACGACUCUGGCUUCCUCGACAACGUCUGCCAGCACAUCAUCCACUACGAGCGAUUCAAGCUCAAGCGCUACCGUGGUAACCUGAAGGAGUUCGUCAAGCGUGUUCCUUCUGCCAAGUCCUACUACGAGCUUGGUGCCUCCGAGAUGGAGUUCACCUUCCCCGAGCCCGGUUUCCUCGAGGGUGUCAAGACCAAGGCCAAGGCUAUCCUGCGUGCCACCAACAUGUCCUUCCAGUACCCCGGUACCUCCAAGCCCCAGAUCAGCAACAUCAGCUUCCAGUGCUCUCUGGGCUCUCGUAUUGCCGUCAUUGGUCCCAACGGUGCUGGCAAGUCUACCCUGAUCAACGUUCUCUGCGGUGAGCUCAUCCCCACUGGUGGUGAGAUCUACCAGCACGAGAACAUCCGUAUCGCCUACAUCAAGCAGCACGCCUUUGCCCACAUCGACAACCACCUUGACAAGACUCCUUCUCAGUACAUCCAGUGGCGUUUCCAGACUGGUGAGGAUCGUGAGACCAUGGACCGAGCCAACAAGAUCAUCACCGAGGCUGAUGAGGAAGCCAUGAACAAGAUCUUCAAGAUCGAGGGUACUCAGCGUCGUGUCAUUGGCAUCAACGCUCGCAGAAAGUUCAAGAACAGCUACGAGUACGAGUGUUCGUUCGCUCUGGGUGAGAACGUUGGCAUGAAGAACGAGCGCUGGGUUCCCAUGAUGAGCGCCGACAACGUUUGGCUGCCGCGUAACGAGCUGCUGGCCUCUCACCAGAAGAUGGUUGCCGAUGUCGAUAUGAAGGAGGCCCUCGCCUCUGGUCAGUUCCGACCUCUGGUCCGCAAGGAGAUUGAGGCCCACUGCGCCAACUUCGGCCUCGAUGCCGAGCUGGUUUCUCACUCCCAGAUGCGCGGUCUGUCCGGUGGCCAGCGUGUCAAGACUGUCCUGGCUGCUUGCUCUUGGCAGCGACCCCACUUGAUCGUCCUUGACGAGCCUACCAACUACCUGGACCGUGACUCUCUGGGUGCUCUGUCCAAGGCCCUGAAGAAGUUCGAGGGUGGUGUCAUCAUCAUCACUCACUCUGCCGAGUUCACCAAGGACUUGACUGAGGAAGUCUGGGCUGUCAUGGACGGCAAGAUGACUCCUUCCGGCCACAACUGGGUCCAGGGCCAGGGUUCCGGCCCCCGCCUCAAGGAGGAUGACGAUGAGGAGGAGAAGUUCGACGCCAUGGGUAACAAGAUUGUUUCCAACAAGAAGAAGGCCAAGCUGUCUUCUGCUGAGCUGCGAAAGAAGAAGAAGGAGCGUAUGGCCCGCCGAAAGCGUGGUGAGGAGGUGUUCAGCGACGAGGAUGAGCUGUAAACGAUUCAACAUACCCCCACAUCAUGGCAUCUCGAUGACGCCUAGUCCCUUGACGACUUAGAGAUUUCUUGUUCACGUUUCUUGUUUUUUCUUUUUUCCAUUUUUUUUUCUGAUGAAAGUCACGGUUUGGUAACGGAAAAGUUGCGAUGCCUUGUUGCAAUUUGCAUGCUCGGGCUGCCCAUAGAGAGGGCCUUUCUCAAUAGACUGAUGGUCUGGAUGAGUGCGAGACUUGCGACUUGGGGAUGGAGGACCCCCAUUGUUGGAACAAGCUCUUGCACCUUGGGCUAUAGAGGGAAGGCGAAGGGUAGAUAGACACCCG